AUGCAAUUAUUUGUAAUUAACGAAACGAGAUGGCGCAGUAUGCCGACUACGUCAUAAAGCGUUAUGGCUACUUUACAAAGCACGUAACUUUUCGAUUUAUAAUACGAAAAUAUCGAAACCUCAAAAAUCAUUCGAACUUCGCUUAAAUGCGAUAGAAUAGUUUUUUAUACGUUUGUCUAAGAUACUAUUUUAGAAUUCUACUAUCCGUUUGUCCGCCGAAGUACUGUUAGCAAUGCAAAGUGUUAAUACUUGAAUGUUUAAUUAGAAAUGGAUCGAAAGGAUCGAGAAACUUCGAUAAUUUCGUUAGGAGGUUUACUUUCGAGAUUAUUUCGAUCUUCGUCGUAUCGAUCUCUCGAAAAGAAAAUACUAUCGUUUCGUGCCAAACUAAGUAAAUUUGAAUAAAUUCGAUGAAAUUAUAACUCAUUUAACUUCGAUGAUUUGGUUAUUUCUAAAUUAAGUGUCAAGAUGAACGAUAUACAGCCACAUAAGGAAACUUCGAUCAAGGAACUUUACGAUCUGGAAUAUGAUUACGAAACGUGGGACUACGAAGAGGAUAUUGAGAUACGCAAGGAAUACGAAGAGGAAUCUGAGUCGAUCGAAGAAUCCGAUAUUUCGGAGGAUAUCUUAGGCGAUCUCGAACGAGAUAAACUGAUCGAGGAAGAUGAGAAGAUGAAGAAAAAGAAAAAGAAGAAGCAUUUAUUAGUCGGUGUAACUUAAAUUUGGUAACUUUAAUUAAAUUGGUCGCGAAUAAUGCUAUAGAAUCGUUCUAUGUUCGAACCUAAUUAUUUAAUUUGCGAUUAUACGUAAUUAGAAAAUUUGAGAAUGCAUUUCAGAUGGUUCGAAAAAAAGAGGAGGUUUCUGUGGAAACUUUGAUUACUCCAGAAGAAAUAGACGACACUUUGAAAAGUUUACGCAGCGAAUCUUCGAUUCAUCUUUGCUUGAGAGAGAUCGAUAUCAGUGACUCGCAAUUGAAGUUAUUGAAUCUGCACACUAUUUUUCCUGUUCCAAGCGAUCCUGGUACGGGACCGGCAUUUUGGUUGCUUACUACCGAAGAAAUCUUUGAGGAAGACGGCGUAUAUAAAUUUGACGAGCACGUAAAGAGCAAAGGUCUAAAAGUGGUACAUAUGAUCACCGAUAUGUUGCAAUCGGAUUGCAUCGAUUUGCAAUAUUAUGGGAUCGAUCCACGUAUCGUCGAAAUAAUGUAUUAUGCCCUAAGAAAUAAUGGUUCCGUUCAAAUGAUAGAUUUUACGGACAAUAGAUUAACUAAGAAAGCUUGUCAUUAUUUGGGUAAAUUGAUACAGAAAAGUAUCAUGAUAAUCAGUUUGAUUUUGUCCAAGUGUCGAAUUGGUCCUGAGGGUAUGAAAGAACUUUGCGAUGGGAUAUCGGCUACAUCGACCUUGGUCACUCUCGAUCUUAAUUCUUGCAACAUCCAGGAUAAAGGAUUAGAAGCAUUGGCAUUCGCGGUAGAACAUAAUGGAAGUUUGGAAGAGCUCUCCUUAGCGGAUAAUAAUUUAAACAAAACAUGUACCGAACAUCUCUGCUACCUCAUAACGAAUUCUAAAUUGAUCAAGUGGUUGGAUUUAUCAUGGAACUCGUUGUACGAUGAGCAUACUUGGAAAGCUUUGACCAGUGUAUUAGCGAGAAACCGUACUUUGGUUAGUUUAAAUUUAUCGUGGAACGGGAUCGGUACGGAAUGCGUUAAAUAUUUAACGAUUAUUUUGAGAGUUUCACGCCUAGAAAUUUUGGAUCUAAGUAAUAACAUGCUUACGAAACCUGAUGCCGAAAGCAUGUCGACAUCUCUAUCAAGAAAUAGCAUAUUAGAAGAAUUAUAUCUAGGAAAUAAUCCUUUAGAAGCGGAAGGUGCUUUUAUGCUGAUUUCGUCGGUUAAUCCGAAAAAUUCGCCAGAAAGCAGUCUUCGUCUUUUAAAUUUAGAAAAUGUCUGGGCAGACAAGACUGUUCUACCGGAAUUAGAUACAAUAGAAAAUGAAAGGCCAUGGUUGCAAAUCGUAUUAGGUGGUAUUUAUAGUAAUUACACGCUAGUAGGACCGAACGUUAUGAAAAUUUUUUUAAGAAGAGCUACCUAUGAAGCAAUGGCACAAAAGAAACAUAAACAUAGAAAAAACUUUGGACAUUUUGUAUUAUCUUUAAACGAUAAUCCGAUAAGUCGAGAACGAUUUAGAAAAUUAAUCAAAGACUUCAAAUUGAAAUUAUCUAAAUCACUUAUUAAAGAAAUUAUAUCGGCUUUCCCUGGACCAAAAAAAACUGUCGAUCAAGGACUUCUAAAAGCUGUUUACUUAAAAGAAUUUCCAGAUACUAAACCGCCGCCAGUCAAACCAUCAAAACUUCGUGCGGAAAAGAAAGAAGAGGUCGAAAUAGAACCUGAAAUGCCGGAAGUAAGAAAAGAAUAUAAAGAAAAGUAUCCUGAACCAAAAGACAUGAGAGAAGUUGAAGAAUACAUGAUUGAUUUCUAUGAAGACUAUUACUAAAACUAUCAACGAUUACAUGCAUCUUAACUAUUAAAUACAAAAACAUAU